CACAUCACACUCUUUCAACGAUACGAAUGCUCCGUAUGGCUUCAGAAUCAUUACCAGACAUGUUUCUUCCUCAAGCUUGCACGUAAAACAAUUUCACACCUAACAGUUGGUCACCCAUCCGCAUCAGUCCCCCCAUUUCCUUUGCUGAGUCUUCAAGGAUCAGUCUCACAGUGGCAGCAGCAGCCAGCUUUCUCCUUCAAUACAAUGCCUCCCUCAAUCCUCUUCCAAAUCCAGCCGCAGAGACGCAUUAUCCUACUCUUUUCCCAUGUUGUUUGCAUGGCUCUGUCCUGUCUCCAUUAAUAUCUUCUUGCACACCUCUUCAUCCACACAGGUUUCAUCACCCAAGGACAAUAUAUCCCAAUACCAAACCAUAUUCUCAUCACCAUAAUCCUCUAUUCGCCCACACCAUGAAGCCCAAGAGCCCCAAGACCUUCAAACCAAAGCUUCUCCUCCUCGGCUUCUGCCUUGCAUUCCUACUCCUCCUCCUCUUCCUCCUGCUAACUGCUGGCCGCUCGUUCUCACCACCUUCACUGACCGCAUCAGCAUCAGCUAACACACCUGCGUGCACAAAGCUUCCACCCUCUCUCGCAAAAACCAUCGUCCACUACACCACCUCCAACAUCACUCCUCAGCAAACCCUCCGAGAGAUCUCCGUCACGGCAAAGGUUCUCGAGAGGAAGUCGCCCUGCAACUUCCUGGUCUUCGGCCUGGGCUACGACAGUCCGAUGUGGAGCGCGCUGAACCACGGCGGCCGCACUAUCUUCCUCGAGGAAGACGAGUCGUGGAUCAAGAGCAUGACCCGGAAGUUCCCGGAGCUGGAGGCGUACCAUGUGAAGUACGAUACGCGGGUGAGCCAGGCGGAUGAGCUGCUGGAGUUAAGGAGGUCGUCGAGUUGCACCACGGCGGCAGCGGCGGACACCAGAUCUUCCGGUUGCCGGCUGGCGCUCACCGAGCUUCCGGAUGAAUUCUACGGAGUGGAGUGGGACUUGAUCAUGGUGGACGCGCCGACGGGGUACGUGGCGAAGGCGCCGGGGAGGAUGAGCGCCAUCUACACGGCGGGAAUGGCGGCUCGAGGGAGGAGCGAGGGGGAGACCGAUGUGUUCGUGCAUGAUGUGGAUAGAGCUGUGGAGGACAGGUUCUCCACGACCUUCUUGUGCGAAGGAUACAUGAAGGAACAGGAGGGAAGGCUGAGGCACUUCACCAUUCCCAGCCACAGAGCCAAUCCAAGCUUCUCAUUCUGCCCCUGAUGAGUUGGAGGAGAAAGCAUAAGCAAUUAUUGUUAUUGUUAUUAUUAUAUUAUUUUUUUUGUGGGGAAUAAUGGAGUUUAUUAUAUUACAUUCAGGAAAAAGGAUUACUAUAUAUCUAUGGAUUUUAUGUUGCUUAUGUCUGAUGUUUUACGAAUAAAUAUGUUGCAUAUGGUGGA